CCAACCAUAGAAACCAAUCCACAGAGUAAAUAAAUAAAAUAAAUUCGAUUUUCGGAAAAUUGCUGUAAAACUUCUUCAAAUUUACACGAAUUUGCGAAUUUAUUAAAAUUUAUUGCAAAUGCUACGUAGAAAAUUCUUAAUUUCAAUGUGAAAUCUAUUCGAAAUGGCAUCAAAAAAGCUUAGAUUUCGUGGCGAUGCAACUACAAAUCGCAUAGAUGACAUCGGUGGAGAUGUUGAUGAUGAUGAACGGAAACUACUGAAGGAUGUGGAUGCGGCGGUGGCGGCAGAAGUGGUAGAUGGUAUUCAUAAACGUUCUAGUGGGAGUACUAGCAAAGAAAACAGUGAUAUUAAAUCAACCAAAGAGAAAAAGGCAGUAGCCGAAGAGGAGGAAGAGGAAUAUCCUUCAUUCAUGGAUUUCUUCAAAUUGGAAAUGACCCGUGGUUAUUUGCUGGAGCAUGAUGAAGAAAGGUAUACGGCGAGGCGUAAGAAAAUCUAUUCCUUUAUGCGUAUACCCCGAGAUUUGGAACGUUUCAUGGUAUACGGCAUAAUGCAAUGUGCCGAUUCAUUUCUGUAUAUUCACACCUUCCUGCCGGUAAGAUUUACAUUGGCCGUAUGGGGUAUGUUGACACGGCCGAUUGCCAGCUGUUUGGGUUUGCGAAGGAGAAAACAACGUCUGCUGACACCCGCUGAAAUAUGUGAUCUACUAAAGGGGUCGAUAUGGAUUGCCGUGACACUGUUAAUGUUAUCUGUCGAUACAAAUCGAGUGUAUCACAUCAUAAAAAGCCAAUCGAUAAUUAAAUUGUAUUUAUUUUAUAAUAUGUUGGAGGUGGGCGAUCGUCUGCUGUCGGCAUUUGGUCAGGAUACCAUAGACGCCCUGUUUUGGACAGCAACCGAACCGAAGAAUUCCAAACGUGAACAUUUUGGCCUUAUCACUCAUAUAUUGUUUGCCCUGAUCUAUGUUGUGCUGCAUAGCUUCUUGAUUAUGUUUCAGGCCACCACACUAAAUGUAGCUGUCAAUUCGAACAACAAGGGCCUCCUGACCAUUAUGAUAUCCAACAAUUUCGUAGAGCUGAAGGGUUCCGUAUUCAAGAAAUUCGAUAAGAACAACCUCUUCCAGUUGACAUGCAGUGAUGUGCGCGAACGUUUCCAUCUCUCCGUCCUGCUGUUCAUUGUUAUGAUACAAACAAUGAAAGAAUUCGAUUGGAGUAUAACACAAUUCUGUGUAAUGUUACCCGAUUGUUUUUCAGUUUUAAUUACCGAAAUUCUUAUCGAUUGGAUCAAGCAUGCUUUCAUUACGAGAUUUAAUGAGUUACCAGAAUGCAUUUAUCGCGAGUAUACCACUAGCUUGGCAUAUGAUAUGACACAGACAAGGCAGAAGCAUGCAUUUUCCGAUCACUCAGAUUUGGUGGCACGGCGUAUGGGUUUUAUACCAUUCCCGCUGGCAGUGGUAUUGAUUAAGGCCAUCUAUUCGGCGGUGUCAUUUAAUAAUUUGGCGGCAUGGAUAUUAUUUUCGUUGGCUUAUCUAUUUGCCUUGGGUAUGAGAAUUGCUUUGACAAUUUGUGCCUUGGGUAAGGCAUGUAAAUUGAUGAAAGAACAUCAGGAUGAGAAAUGUAAUACAUCGACACCGAGUUCCAUGACAAAUGUGCCACCAGUGGGCGCCACAACGAAGCCGGGGUCGGCAAGUUUGGUGGGCUCAUCGGUUUUGGCAUCAUCUUCACCAAUUCUAAAUCGUCAUCGUACAGAUGUGGCCACAUCCCCCACACAUCCUUCUUCACAUAGUAGUGUUGCGGGUUCGGGCGGUGGAGGAAGUGUUAGUGCCGGAGUAGCUGGAAGUGGAAAUAAUUCUGGAAGUAGCUUUAAUUUCCCCUUACAAAGAUCCAUUACGACUGAUUUAUCAUCCACGAUGUCUUCAACAACGUCCACGCCAAAACAGAGUCACAAUAAAAACAAUAAUUCCAAUAACAAUACAACGGCCUGUAACAGUGCUCCAAGUGUCUUAAACAAAGCAACCGCCAUUACAACAUCACCCACCUCCAAGGGUGCAAUAAUUAACAUUACACACAAUGACAUUGAGUUAGAUGUGAAAAGCUCACUGGAAUUGGGUGCAACAGCUUUAUUUUCCAACAGUGAUGUGGAUUUAGAUGAUGUUUGCUUGAAUGAACAUGUCCUGGACACGAAUACAUCAACUACAACUGGUUUUGUAGAAGAGGCUUUGGCACGCAGUGAACCUGAUCUGCAGAUCAGUCAAUCGUCAAGUGUUAAUACUACACCCACGUCGAGUAUUACCACAACAAAGGUGACAGCAACCCAACAAAUUCGAAGGCGUACCCAUAAACGUUCGGAAUCCGAGCCAAGUAUGCAGAGCAUAGUUGGUUCCUCAGAUUCCAGUGAAUCAUCGUCGACACAUCAGGCGUAGUUGUGAUGAUGAUAAUCACGAUGAUGAGGUUCUAUGUGUGAAAAAAGACAAGUAUUGCAUGAAUGUUGGAAAAAAGACAAACUACCUUUGUACAAGCGGUAGCCUUUGCUCAUCUUGGGACUUAGUGUUAAAUUAUAUAAAACUGUGUUUUUUUAUUCAAUACAAUGUUUUGUUUACAAAAUAUAAGUUAUAUUUUUUGUUGAAAUUCUUUGAUUUUAAAAUUGAUCUACGA